AUGGGCGACGAGACGAAAAUCGACAUAAUAGAGUUUCUGAAAAGACAUCUUUCUGUCAAAAAUUGGUUAAACUACAGGGAGGUGCGAAUUUCAGAAAACCUCUUAUCACAUUGCUGAAUAUGACUUUUUGAAUAUAUCUUGAAUAUGACACUGAAAAACGCGAUAAUAUUGACAGCAACCAUACACAAAAGGAGAAGUAAUUCAAGUGAUCGAUAUGGCGAUGGAAAUAUUCAAGACGGAACCGAUUCUCGCCACGUCGAUGCCCCCCUGCACGAUUGUCGGCGACAUCCACGGACAAUACUGCGACCUCGUGCGUCUGCUCAACUCGAAGGGCAACAAGAAACUACGCGGAUUCGCGCAGAAUCAGUUAGUUUCGAAGAAAAAGAUGUACAGAACGAUGUGCGGUACAUUUUUCUAUGGAACAACUCACGCGUUGCUAAUUUUGUCAAUUCUGAAUGACAAUCCGAUAAAAUUUCGACGAAAAAGUGAUAUAGUUCAGAAACAAAAAAGUGAUUCAGAUGGGUUUUCCUGGGCGACUACGUCGAUCGUGGCUCUCAUUCGUUGGAAUGCAUCUGUCUCAUGUUCGGAUUGAAGGUUUGCAAAUUUGCGAAACAAACUCCUUUUCUGCACGGUCUCCCAGGGCGCAAAUGCUAAACACAGUGCGCUCGUAAAGUGCGGAGUGUCGUUGUAACUUUUGAAAAUUUGCAGGUCUAAAAAUGUAGUUCAAUUCGAGUUUACGACCUUUACUUCUUUCUUUUUGACUUGAAAAACGUCUAGAAAACAAUAUUUUACUGAUUGGAAACCGUUCUUUACAGAAUUUAGAGUUUUUCAUGUUUUUAGCGUCUUUUUCGCAUUUCGUCAAAACUUCAAACCUUUAUAUUUCAGCUCAUUUUGCAUUUCAUGAGCCCAACGAACGAUAAAAAUGUUCGCUGAAUCUUUCUUCACAAAAUUCAGGUUCCGGCGGUUAGUUUUCUUGAGCAGUUUACGAAAACCAUUCGAAAAACAUCAAAAUCCAGGCUAAAACCUUCAAAUCGAAAAACUCGGCUAAUUCUCAACGAUAUUCGAGAUUUCUGUUACCAAAACGUAGCUAGUGCUCUAAUUAUUCGAAUCUAGGUUCGCUGGAGAUUCCUGGUUUUCAGUUGAUUAGUGGUUUUUUCGAUUCGCGUGUCCGCCGCAAUCCGAUAAAAUGAUGGGGAAAACCUGAAAUUAUUUAUCGGCGAAGAAAAUAACUGUUCUUUUUUAUUCUAACCGCUACUCCGUGCCGCUCGGCAAUUUCCACCAGCUUCGCGCCUUUCCAACUGCAGAAAUUGUCGCAACGAGUCCUAAAAAUUUAAAUUUGAGUUUUUUGCAACAAAUAUUUAACGAAAAAUUGCGUUUCGACAUGUUUUAAAAGAUAAAAACGAGAAAAAGAUUUUAAUUGCGAAACCAAAAAAUCCAAUAGUGCGCCAAGUGAGUGCAAGAUGCGCCAGCAGUCUCCUUUGGUCUCAUGUCCACGCUGUGACUCAGUGAGGCGUACGAAAAAAUAGGUGUAUUGUAUAGAAAAGAUGGAAAGAACGCGUACUCCCGUUGAAAAUACAUUAAUCGGCCUCCGCGUAAAUCGACGCAACCCGCCUGUUGCAAGUGCGCCCCAUUGAAAUCAUUCGCGCCGUGGGAGACCGUGUUCUGGCCGGCAAAAACGGUGGGGGCGAUUGUGGAAUUUCGCGUUCUGGAAUCUGCUUCCAGGACGCUAAGCUUGGCAAUAAGUGCUCAGUCUGCUUCUAGUUGUCCGCUGUGCCAGUGACGGUUCUAUACUUUCUUAAAAAUCCCGAAAAAAUGUCUUUGUUAGUGGAAAAAAUUAUACAAUGAGCUUUUCGAAUAUUUUCGGUUCCAAACAAACCAUGAGAUUUUUGGACACUUUUUUCUUUUGGUGCUAAUGAAAAUCGAAUAGAGAAAGUGUUUUCUAAAAUAAAGUUCAGGUUGCCUAUCCGACACAAUACACUUUGCUGCGUGGAAAUCACGAGACCAGGGCCAUCAACUUUGCCUACGGAUUCAGGGUGAAUUUUAGCCUGAUUCAAACCAAAAUUUCGGUUUAAUAAACAAUUCUUGUGAAUUGUCAAACGAAGUUAAUCACUUUUUGGAUGAACAGAAAAAAAAAGAAAUUUGAAAGAAAUACGCGAUAAAUAUGGAAAAGAGCAUUUAAUUGUUUUCAAUUCUUUAAGGAGGAGUUGUCGAAUCGAUUCGGAGAUUUGGACGGACCGGAAGUGUGGGAAAAGUUCAACGAGGUGUUCUCGUGGAUGCCUUUGGCCUGUCUCGUCGGAAAUAAAAUUUUGUGCAUGCACGGAGGCAUCGGGCCGGAUCUCAAGUCGUUGGAUGACAUUCGCAAGGUUCGCAAUUUGAAAAAAUUACACAUUUCCACUUUUGAUUCCCUCGCAUUCUAAAAAAAAAGUGAUUUUUCAGCUGAAACGCCCGAUCACGCAAGUGGCCACGUGUCGAUUGGCGCAGGAUUUGUUGUGGUCGGAUCCGUUGGAAGGGGGCACAAUGCCGAUGAUCGGAAGGUACUGUAUCCAUUUUUUACGUUGUAAAAUUAAAAAUAUCAAACGCAGCGUCUAAAUUAUCAAAUGCAGUGACGAAAAGCGGCUGCAAAUGCAAAUUUAGGUGCUGAUUUGUCCGAUUUCAAAAUCGCAUGCAUUCAAAACGCUAUAUCUCCACAGCCUAUAGAGAUAUCAGAACGAUGUCAACUGUAAAACUGUUCCUUGAAACAUUGCCUACAUUUUUUCAGUUGGCACUUUUUUAAUACCUCAACCGGCAGCCGAGAUAUAUUGUUUUGAAUGCAAAUACAGCGCCUAAAUUCGUAUUUUUCGCAAUUUUACAACGUAGACAAUGCAAAAAAUUGCAGUGAGCCAAUAUUCGGCAAAAAUGCGGUGCGUGGCCUCUCGUGCACUUUCAACGACGCCGCCGUUCUCGACGUGUGUAAUCGGCUCAAAAUUGAUCUGAUUGUUCGGGCGCAUCAGGUUUGCUGAAUUUUUUGUUUUGACAAACUGUAAUCGAUACAACUCUGCAGUGUUGUUCGAAAGGUUUUUAGCAAUAUUUGCAACAGUGAAACAUUUUCAGAUGAUUCCGGAAGGCUUCAAAUUCUACGCCGACCGCCAUCUCCUCACCAUUUUCUCGGCGCCUCGCUAUCAGAAUGAAGUGGAUGUAAGAGAAAUUGCUUCACAACGAAAAAUAAAUGUUUUUUCCAGAACAAGGGCUCAUAUCUAAAGGUGGAAAAGUCGGGAAAAGUGAGCAUUUCCAUCAUGAGAAACACGAAACCUUUCCAAGGAAAACAGCCGGUGCCCGCUUCGCAAGACGAGCCCACGGUGGGCGGAGACGAGAAUCCGGCGGCGCGCCGAAAAAAAUCCGACACGAAAACGGCGAGAAGCGCAUCGGCAAAGAGCACGACGAGCUCGAGCACAAGCGGUUAG